AUGCGAAGAGUUACUAAAAAGUUAUUGAAUUUAAUUGUAGGCUUGGCAUUGAUUGGAUUAUAUUGCGAAUUUAUUAUAUAUUAUAUAGUUAUCUCACAGUGUAGUUGGCCAACGUUAACGAAUACUAGAAAUAAGGAAGUUCUUAAGGCAUUCAUAUUAGCAGAUACACAUUUAUUAGGGCCUUUCAGAGGGCACUGGCUAGAUAAGCUAAGACGAGAAUGGCAAAUGCAUCAGGCAUUUCAAGCAGUUAUUAAAAUACAUAAGCCUGAUGUUGUAUUCGUAUUGGGAGACCUGUUUGAUGAAGGUGAAUGGACUAAUGACCAACAAUUUAAUGACUAUGUCGAUCGCUUCUAUAGUCUCUUUGCAUUACCAAAAGACAUUAAAAUGUAUGUAGCAGUUGGAAACCAUGAUAUUGGUUUUCAUAAUAGGAUCAGAAGAAAGGCCUUACAAAGAUUUACUGACCGUUUAAAAUCUCCUUUGGUGCAACAUGUGGUAUUGAAAAAUACUCACAUUAUUGUCAUAAACUCUAUGGCAAUGGAGGGUGAUUCCUGUAAUAUGUGUGCCGAAGCACAAAGACAGAUAUCACUUGUAUCAGAUAAACUUAUGAAAUGUUCCAAAAAUGACGAAAAUUGUGAAAAUCACAGCUAUAAUUACUCCCAACCUAUUCUUAUGCAGCACUUUCCACUUUACCGCAAAUCUGAUGCCAUAUGUACAGAACCAGAUGCACCUCCUUUACCAGAACGAAAUAAAUUGUUUCGUUUAAAAAUAGAUGCCUUGUCAAAAGAAGCAACUGAGUACCUCAUUAGUAAAAUACAACCUAGAGCAGUAUUUGGUGGUCACACACAUCAUGGAUGUUUGGUGAAACAUUCUUAUAAAAAUAAUGAAUUUUUGGAAUAUUCAGUACCUUCUUUCUCAUGGAGGAACAGGCCUGAUCCCAAGUUUAUGUUGGUUUCCAUAUCCCAUGAUGAGUAUUCUGUUAAUAAAUGUGGUCUCCCAAAAGAAGCAACUAUGAUAAGUUCUGCUGUGAUAAUGUCAUUGUUAUUAUUAUUUUAUGUAUUUACUAUAAGGAAAAUAGGUGCAUAA